AUGGCUGAUCAUUCACGGGGCGGUCGCGGCGGAGGCCGCGGGGGAGACCGAGGCGGAGACCGAGGCCGUGGUGGAGAUCGUGGGCACGGAGUGGAUCGUGGACGCGGAGGGGAUCGUGGGCGCGGGGGAGAUCGAGGUCGCGGCAGCGCCUUUGGGGGCGGCCGCGGUGGGUAUGGUGGUGACCGUGGAGGCCGGGGCAGUUACCGUGGAGAUCGUGGAGGAGGCAGCACGUAUGGCGACCGCGGUGGCGGUGGUGGAGGUGGCUACCGAGGCGAUCGUGGUGGAGGUGGCUACCGAGGCGAUCGUGGUGGUGGCGGCUUCCGAGGACGUGGAGGCCGCGGCGGAUUCGCCCCUCGCGCCGAGCCGUUCGAAGGCGAGCCUCAUCGUGUCUUUGGGCAAGACCAGGCCAUCCCAGAACCUAGCGCCACAGUUACGGCUUUGGAAAACAAGCUCGUGGCCGCUUAUCAGUCUCAGGGCCUGAGCAUAAAGAUGAGCAAGCUCAAAAUGUCCGGUGAGGCUGAUUUGCUGUUCCCCCUCCGUCCUGCAUACGGAACCAAGGGAAACAAGGUGGUGCUCUGGGCGAACUACUUCGAGAUGGGCGUCAAGCCAAAGGUUGUGUACGCUUACAACCUUGAGGUACACAAAGUUCGCCCCAACAAGGGCGCUCAGCGGCAGGUCGAUCCGAAGACCAGGAUCAAAAACAAGGCACUGAAGUCAGAUGUCUCGGGACGAAAGCUAGCCAUCAUCAUCCAGCUCGCUAUGGACAAGCUGCGCGAGGAGGAUCCGAAAGCGAUCCUCGCCACCGAGUUCAAGAGCAAGCUCAUUUCGCUUCACAAGCUCAAGUACAACGAUGAUUGCCUUGAGGUAACCUUCAAGGGUGAGAAUAGCAAUAGGACCGAAAACUUCUUUGUCCGGAUCGUUGAUCCCAUCGAAGCCUCGUUCGACGCCACUUUGCAGUAUCUCAAGACCAUGACGGACAAGGGCGAUCCCAAUGGCUUCCCCAAGUUUGCCGUCCCCGUCGAUGCCCUCGGCGUCAUCCUUGGCUACACCCCGCGCAAGAACCCCGAAGUCUCGCCCGUCGGAAGCGCUCGGUUCUUCCCUAUCGGCCCAACGUGCGUCGAGAAGCAGCUCGGCGUGAACAAUCGGAUCUCUGCCAUCCGUGGAUACUUUCAGAGUGUCCGUCUUGGCACAGGACGUGCCCUCCUCAACGUCAAUGUCACCAGCGGCAUCUUCAGGACUGCCGUUUCGGUUGCCGACCUCUGCCGUUGGGCCAAUAUCGCGCAGUACGGCGGAACGAACCCGCCCGACCCAGGCACUACCGCCAAGACCAAGGCCCUGUCCAACUUUCUCAGCAAAGCACGCGUCAGGUGCGUCUUCAGGGACGGCAAUGGCCGUGACUAUGAGGCGAAGAAAACAAUAUCGGGCCUUGCUGGAAUCAGCAGCUCGCAGAUUAACAGGGACGUUCUUAAAAGCGAGACUGUCAAGUUCAAACAGAACUUCCAGUGGGGCGGACCCAAAGACGUAUGGUUCAAGAUGGAACUUCGCGAAGGCGAGACGACUGUGAUGGGCAACAGGCGUCCAGGUCUCUACACCGUUCAUGAAUACUCAAAGUGGAAGUACGGCAUUGACUUUGACGCGAAGCUUCCACUCGUCAACCUAGGACGACCCGACAAGCCGAUGUAUGUGCCCGCCGAGCGUUGUACCAUCAUUGAGGGUCAGUCGGUGCGGUCCAAGCUCAGCGGCGAGGAGACAACGUUGAUGCUCGACUUUGCCUGCCGGUCUCCGUUUGCCAACGCCCUCUCGAUCAGCACGGAAAGUCGCAGCGCGCUGGGCCUGGAUGAGAACCCGACGCUCCAGCAAUUUGGCCUGACCAUCGACCGGCGCCUCCUGACGGUCUGGGGCCGUGAGCUCCAGUCACCCUCGGUCCUUUACCUCAAAAACAAGGAGGUGAGGACGUUUGGCGGCGGAUGGAACAUGCGGGAUGUGCAAGUUGCCGAGGCAGGCCCCAAGAUCAUGAACUGGGCCUGGGUGCAGGUAACGGAGAGCGAGCGCUACACCGAUGCUGCCGAAGCGGUGGGCAAUUUUGCCGCCUUCCUAGCGAACACGGGUAUCCCCAUCGACACCGCCCCUCGUCGAGGUCUUCGGGUACGCACUUCGUCGUUCCGAUACCAGGACGACGUGGAGGCGGCGUUCAAGGAACUUGAGCAAAGGGCUGCCAAAGGGCCGCCUAACCUCUUCGUGCUCGUCAUCCUGCCGCGCCAGGACACAACUCUCUACAGUGUCAUCAAGACGCUGGGCGACUGCCAAUUUGGAUUCCACACCAUUUGCGCCGUGGAGAAGACAUUCACCAAGGAGAAUCCCAUGACGUUCGCCAACAUCGGUCUCAAGUGGAACCUGAAGAACGGCGGCAUCAACCACAGGGUCAAGGAUCCCAUCGGCAUCGUGGCCCAGGGCAAGACAAUGGUCGUCGGCUACGAUGUCACACACCCCACCAACAUGGGUCUGCGGCCAGGCGACAAGGACCUGCCGCCGAGCAUCGUCGGCCUCGUGGCUAGCGUUGACAAGGAUCUGGGACAGUGGCCGGCCGUGGCGUGGGAGCAGGAGGCGGGCCAGGAGAUGCUGGACAGCAAACUCCUGGAGAGCUUCAAGUCGCGGCUGGAGCUCUGGCGCAAGAAGAACCGGCAGUCGCUCCCCGAGUUCAUCAUCGUCUACCGCGAUGGCGUCUCAGAGGGUCAGUUCAGCCAGGUGCUUGAGCACGAGCUGCCACAGAUGCGCGAAGCGUGCCGCGUCAUGUAUCCGAAUGGCCGCACGCCUAAGCUCUCCAUCAUUGUGUCGGUCAAGCGGCACCAAACACGGUUCUACCCGACUCGCGAAGACCACAUGGAUGGCAAGUCGCGCAACAUUAAGAACGGCACGGUGGUGGACCGGGGCGUGACGCAGGCGCGGUACUGGGACUUCUUCCUGACGGCGCACACGGCGCUGAAGGGCACGGCGCGGCCGGCGCGGUACACGGUGCUGCUGGACGAGAUAUUCACAACCAACUACGGCAUGACGGAGCAGGCGGCCAAUCAGCUGGAAAAGUUCACGCACGAUCUGUGUUACCUCUUUGGGCGGGCCACCAAGGCCGUCAGCAUCUGCCCGCCGGCGUACUACGCGGACAUUGUGUGCGAACGGGCGCGGGUGCACAGGCCCGAGUAUUUUGACGUCUCGGACACCAUGUCGUCGUCGGUGCGCAGCGGCGGAGGCAUGUCGGCAGAUGACGGGGCCAAGGUGGUGCAUGCACGGCUCCAGGACACGAUGUACUACAUUUAG